CAGUCAGUAUUUUAAAAUGCGCGUCGUUCUUUGGCAAUUUUUUUUUUUACUAAUUAUAUCUGUAUUUGGCUCAAAAGGCCAGUCAAAAGAAGCAAAGCCUUGUUCUGACGAGUAUGUAGUGGUAGUGGCGGAAAGUCCCAGAGAUAGAAUGAAACCAACAAUUUUUGGAACAGGUACUUUAUUUUCUGAGUUUUAUGGUACAGGAAUGGGUCCUAGGCUCAAGCUCAAGGAAUUAAUCGAUAAACUUAAUGAACACGUAGAGGAAUGUGUAGAAAACCCUUCAGUAAUUAUUGUGUAUCCCCAACAACCGGUUCCCGCAAAACCGCCACCAUCAACAGUUAUCAAUGAAUAUCAUAUUUCCAAUUAUUUCAUUAAUAAAGAAACAUAUGAUGUUAGCGUUAAUGAAAUCAAUGUCUACGAUGACGUGAUAAACAUCGUGGUGAAAGAUACCAAUCACCAUGAUGAAAAACAUGAAAUAUUCACACAAAAAAACAGACGAAGUAUCCGUAUUGCCGGUGUCGAGGAAGUAAUCAAUGGGAAAUUAUUAGCGAGAUCAAAAAACGGACCACCAAAUAAAGCCAAACUUGUAUUUGUGUUUAGGCUAGAAGAAAGCAUCUUUUCUAUAAUGCCAAACAUUAAAUUGGUAAAACUGCCUGUACCUAGAUACCGAGCACGUGUGUCAUCAUGGCCAUCGGAUUGGCCUUGGUCACAGAACAAGCGAGGAAGAAAACCGCAUUGCAAAGGCUUCACUACUUUCGAUUUUGGAGCAGCAACUAACCAAACUGAUGUUAUUUUUACAGAUAGCAAAGGAACACCAUUGGAAUUGAAAUGUUUCGUCGAUCAGAAAGGAAAUGGAGGCGACUUUUCCAAUUGCGGUACGCCAUGGGAUGGGCCGAUCUUAUGCGGCGACCUUCAAGUGGGAAUUCUGACUGGCAAAAAUACUUGUCAGAAUAGGUCAAGGGCAAGCGGAGAUCACAAAUCAGUUGAUUAUGUUCCAAUGGAAUCGAUGUUCGAUUUUGUUGUGGAUUUCAUGGAAAAUAAAAACGCAGUCACAACAAAUACUGAAUCUGUUACUGGAUUCGGUAUACUUCCAUAUUCCAAUGUAUUUUUGAUUGUGGCAAGGAUUAUAUUUUUGAUUUUCUAA